AUGGCUUUUGGAAGCGUGGCUGAGUAUUUCAACACGCUGAAUCGGCUCAUCGAUACGGCAACCUGGGCAAGCGCUACCAGUGCGGCAAAACUGCUGGCAAUCCAUGGUGAUCACAGUGUUCUUCCAUUUAUGCAUAUCGAGGCCUACGGCUCCCGAAAAAGCCGCUCUUACAUCGAUGACGAAGCCUUCGAUCAAGUUGUGUGUCUGCAUUUACAAGUAAUUUACCACAUAAAUGUGUCCCACAACUACGAGGCUGCCUACACUACUCAUACGCAGAUAAUGCAAACAUUUAAUAAGGAAGUGCUGCAGAAGAAAAAGGAAGUGAACUGGUUUAUUCCGAUUUUUCAUCAGUUGUGCCGCGAUCUUUUGAAUAUAGCUAAAAUGGCCGAUGAACUUACCGAAAAAGACGAUGAGGUCGAAAAUAUCUCCUCAUAUUACGAACAAUCAGCCAAUUACAUCAUGGAAGCAUACAGGACUUGUACUUCUGAUGUAAGAGCAGAUCCAUCUACAACAAAGAAGAUAGCUAUUCUCAAUAUGACCAAUCAAUUGUUUCGUAUCUAUUUCAAGAUUAAUAAGUUGAACCUACUGAAACCUUUGAUUCGUGCGAUUGACAAUUCCGGAGCGUUAUAUCAGUCAUUUUCGAUGGCAGAUAAAGUCACGUACAACUAUUUCCUUGGGCGAAAAGCUAUGUUCGAUGCAGAUUUGCCCUUGGGUUCGUUUCUUAUCGCUUAUUUGUGA